AUGGAUAAAGAAAAAACAAUUAGAAUUUUAUAUCCUCAAUGGCAAGGAGGAAAUAAUAGAUUAUAUCCACUUGGAUCAAAAUUAUUAGAAUGGUUAGCACCAGAAAGUAAAUUAAAAUUAAUAACUAUUCCAGUAAAGGAACCACCAAUAUCAGAAAAAGAAUUUAAACAAGUUAAAUUAGAGAAUGGUAUUGUUUAUAGAAAGGAUAUAAUUGAAUCAAUGAUAGAAGCAAGAAAAAUUAUUGAAAAUGAAAAUCCUGAUAAAAUAGUUGUUUUUGGUGGUGAUUGUUUAGUUAGUCAAAUUCCAUUUGAUUGGAUAAAUGAAAAAUAUAAUAAUAAUGUUGGUAUUUUAUGGCUUGAUACACAUCCAGAUGUUAAAACACCAAAUGAUUAUACAAAUUCACAUGCAAUGGUACUCGGUAAUAUAUUAGGCGAAGGUGAUAAAGAAUUGUCAUCUUUAAUGAAAUCAAAAUUCUCUCCAAAAAAGGUAAUGUAUGGUGGAUUAGUUGAAAAAGGUUUAACAGAUCAAGAGAUUGAUGUAAUUAAUAGAUUUAAAUUAAGAAUUGCUUCACCUGAAUCUUUAAAAGAUAAUAGUGAAUUAAUUGAAAAUUGGAUAAAAGAUGAAAAUAUUACAAAUAUUGCAAUUCAUUUAGAUUUAGAUGUUUUAAAUCCAGAUUUAUUUAGAGCUUUAUUAUUUGCUGAUCCAAUGCCGGAAUUUAAUUGGAGAGAAAAUGUUCCAUUUGGUAAAAUGACUCUAAAUCAAAUUUCAAGAGUAAUUAAUGAUGUUUCUUCAAAAUCAAAUGUGGUUUGUCUAUCAAUAUGUGAACAUUUACCAUAUGAUGCUUCUAAUCUUCAAAAAAUGUUGGCAUCAAUUCCAAUUUUAAAUGAAUAA